GGCAGACACUUAACAACUGAGCCACCGAGGCACCCCUCACUCAUUUUCUCUUAAAAUGGGCCAACGAGAUAUUAUUAAGAUCCCUACUAAGCAAAUGAGGAAAACCAAGCCCCAGAGAGGUAAAGCCAUUUGUCUCAAGGUCACAUGGCUAAAAAAUGGCAGAGUAGAAGUUCACAUCCAAGCAGGCUAGUUUCAGGAUCUGUGCUUGUGACCUUAUGUUACAAAAUAAAGUGUAAUCAUCAAUCACAAUUUAGAAUCCAAACAUCUGCCCAGUUUUAAGAAAUUAAGAACAUCCUAGGUCAGGUGGGGAGUUUUGUUCUUGGUGGUUGGUUGUUGAGGUGAGUGGGUAUUAACUGAGCCAAGAUGCUGCGGAAUCUGCUGGCUCUUCAUCAGACUGCCCAGAGGACCAUAAGUACUGCUUCACGCAGGCAGAUUGAAAAUAAAGUUCCAGAGAAACAAAAGCUAUUUCAGGAGGAUAAUGGAAUUCCACUGCAUCUAAAGGGUGGAGUAGCUGAGGCCCUCCUGUUUAGAGCUACUAUGACGCUUAGAGUUGGUGGAACAGCAUAUGCCAUAUAUCAGCUAGCUAUGUCUUCAUUUCCCAAGAAGCAGGAUUGA